CAUCUGUCGGGCCGCACGAAUUUUCACUGCUCCACGUUCAUCGCAUCGACGGCACGCACGUCCGCCCCGCCAAAGCAGCGCCGAGAACCCGUUUUCGUUCGCGGUUUGUUAUUUCCUUCAUUUCGUGCGCGCCAAACAUCGCACACGUCGCGCCAUGGCAGACCUAGACGACUUCUUCGCGAAAAAAGACAAGAAGCGCUCCAAAACGAAGACCAAGUUCUCCACCACCGAGGAUGUCGCCAAGAAACUCGAAAGUGAUGCCAGCAAGAAACCGGAGAAGCCCGCGAAGAAGGAGAAGAGCCAAGAGGGUGACGACCCCACUGCCGAAAAACACGACCAAGACGAAUGGAAGGACUUUGAGGAGGAGAAGAAGGACUACACUGGGUUAAAGAUUGGCAAUCUGACGAUAAACCCGCAGUCGGAGAACGGUGCUGGCGCGGACGGUAGUGAAACCCAGGAGAUCAUCUAUGAUGAGGCUGGCAAUGAGGUAGAAAAGCAGGUGGGGCCAUGGAAACGCAUGGAAUCCACGCAUGUCGGCGGUGGUGAACCACCGAAGGUUGUCGAGGAGAAGAAACCCGACCCGACAGGUCCCAUGCCGAACGUGGUGGGCAGUGCGUACGUGCCGCCCAGCAAACGCAACCAGCCAGAUCAUCACCAGGAGAGAACUUUACAGCCGACCCGACUGCGGCACAAAGCUGCUCCAGAUAUUCACAAUGAAGAAUAUUUUCCAACUUUGGCGGGGAACAAAGACGGCCGAAGGGGGCGUAAUGAGGGUUCGUUUGAAGUGGUCUCGCACAACAAGUCAAACUCGAUGCGAUUCGUCGAGCAGUCAAAGAACAGCGGGCAGGCGCAAAAGCUCAGCCUCGGCAAUCGUUUUAAUUCGCUGAGCAACGACAGCUAGUACCAUCCUACUACGGCGCCGCCCUCUCCCAACGUUUACCCAGCCUUUACCAACCCCCCGCCCCCGGCGAUAAACCUAAACUUUUUGUUUUAUUAUCAAUUUUGUUACUAAUCUUCGAAAUAUUAUUAUUAUUACUAAAAGAGAAACUGAAGGGAAUCGCCAGCGAUAAGAAUCAACACAAACACAAGGCUACCAGCAAGACACACAACUGAACGGACAGUGUCGCCAUUUCGAAAAUUGGGACACGAUGCAGAAUUUUUGAGAAAUCGAGAUCUAUGAAUGAUGCAAAUCUAUGAAAAUGAAAAAUACAUUAUUGAUAUUUAUAGUAAAA